AUGGAGGCCUCGCAGGAGAACGAGUUCGCGACCCUCCGAGUGGACGUGAGGUUCUACCGGCGCUUCGUCUACUACCUCCUCACCCUGUACAUUCCCUCCGCCUUGCUCAUGAUCAUCGCCUACGCCAGCUUGUUCUUCAACCCGCUGGACUUCAACUCGCGCAUCGUCGUCGCUCUGACCGCUCUGCUCGUCCUGUCGUCGCUCUUCACGCAGACGUCGAACUCUCUCCCCAAGACCUCCUACUUCAAGAUGGUUGACGUGUGGUUCUUCUUCUCCAUCGUCAUCAUCUUCUUGGUUGUUCUUCUCCAGACGGUGAUCGAUUUCUCGGCCGGCAAGAACUGGUUCGUUUGCUGCAAGAAGGAUACGGUUGUGCAGUCCCUUAAUCCAACGCUUUCCCAGGUGUUGCCGAGGGCUUCGAGGGAGACAAAGAUGCCAACAGAGAGUCCUUUCGGUCGCACACUGAGCCCAAGCUACAAUGCCGCCAUGCUCAAGUUCGGCCAGAUCAUCCUGCCGGUUAUAUUCCUGGUGUUCAACCUGAUCUACUGGGGGUCGUCUUUGGCGUGA